GUCCCAAACCUUAUAAGAGUUUGAUUCACUCCAGACACUCUGUUCAUUUGGGUAUUUAGAUUAAUACUUAGCGUUAUGAACGUGAUGAUGAUGUAUGUUAUUCUGGUACAUGAUCAUAAGCGUUAUUGCGACGGUUUAUUUUGAAUGACUGGCUGCCAAUUUUUUUUUUUUUUUUUUUACAACCGGACACUUGGAUUAAGAAGUGGAAAACCGGGCUUUUUUCGGAUUUUUAACAUUGUUCUGCCGUUGCUUUCUUCGUUAUUUUAGAUAUAACAAUUAGACAAGCGUUCGCAGUUGUUUUGACGGUCCGAUUUACAGUAUUUAAAGGGCUUAAUUCACUUCGCGAACACGACCCAUUGUUAAAUAAAGGAUGUCUGCUGAACCAUUUUCCUACAUCGAAAUGAGUCGUGUCAGCGCAGCAAGCACUGACAUCGGUAGUGACGAUCAUCUACCAAGAGAAACGGAGCCCAGCGAUUCAUUACAGGAGGCCGGGUGGUACUGGGCUGACAUAUCAAGGGAGGAGGUAAACGAAAUCCUCCACGGCUUGCCCGACGGUGCUUUCCUGGUCCGAAAUGCCUCCUGCAGGGUGCAGGGAGAAUACACAUUAACUGUGAGGAACAAUGGCACCAACAAACUCAUCAGGAUCCAACACCGAGAUGGAAAAUUUGGAUUCUCGGAGCCUCUGACCUUCAGCUCGGUGCCGGAUCUGAUAUCUUACUACAGGCAAAGGAGCUUAGUCCAGUACAACACUUCACUGGAUGUCACACUGGCUUAUCCCGUGUCCCACUGUCACACGGAUCUACCUGUGAAGGAAGAGUUUUUGAGCGCCACCAGAGAGAAACUUCAAGAAUGUUUAAGACUGUUUCAGAAGACGGCAGAGUAUGACCAGCUAUAUGAUGCUUGCACCACUUUAUUACAGGAAAUCCAAAGGACAAAUACUUUAGAGCCUGUCAGUAUGACCGAGAUCUCAAAAGACCAGUGUUAUUCUCAAGAGAACUCUUGCAAGGAUUUCCCCGUCUCAGUCCACAGUCAUCUGACAAAGUCUCCAUACGAGGUAAAAGAGGAGCGAGAGGAGAGCGUGGAGCUUCUGGAGGAAGAGCGAUGGUUUGUGGGAGAUCUCGGGCGAGGUCAGGCGGAGGAGCUUCUCCACGGGAAACCGUCCGGUGCUUUCCUCAUCCGAAACAGCAGCUCGAAGGAUUGCUACGCCUGCUCUGUGGUGGUGGGCAGCCAGGUGAGGCACUGUGUGAUUCGCCACACCGAGCGCGGCUACGGAUUCGUCGAGCCGUUCGAUCUCCACAAGUCUCUGAAGGAUCUCGUUCUGCACUACCAUCACACCUCGCUGGCACAGCACAACCAGGCUCUGGACGUCCGGCUGGCGUAUCCGGUCCACAGCUGAGUCCACUUGCGUCCCGGUGAGGGUUACGUGCACUAAGACUGAAGAAGAUGUGCCACUCGUUGGCGUUGUCCCUUCAUUUUACAAUGUGCGAAGGGUGGAACCAACUGUGUAUGUGUAUUGCACUUUCCAAAGCAUUCCUCAUGGUCAUAAUGAAACUCCAGUACUUGAACAAGUAUUCGAUGAGCCCUUUGUAGACAUGUUUACAGAUAGUCACAAAAACAACAGAAUUUGUAAUACGAUCACGCUUUUUAAGUGGGGAUGAAUGCAUAUAGCCUUUUUUAUUAAAGUUUUAUUAAAACA